GCUGUUGUUCAGGUAAUACAUUAAAACUACAAUACCCAUGAAGCACUUGGAAUCACAACAAACGUGCCAUACCAAACAUUCUACUCAAAGAAGCCGGCAUCUUUUAAUUCUUGCUGCGACAUGAGGUGUUGUUACUUGUAGCCAGCUAUGGCACCAGGGGAUGUGGUGCCAGACCAUGCCAAGCAAUUGAAGCCCAAGGAGAAGCGGCCUGGAAACAGGGCAUCGAAAGCAGACUGUGAGCCUGAUGGGUCCUUUAUCUUUGAGGCUCAUGAGGCCUGGAAGGAUUUCCAUAACUCCCUCCGGCAUUUUUAUGAAGUAGGAGAGCUCUGUGAUGUCACGCUGAAGGUUGGCAGUAGGUUGAUACCAUGUCACAAGCUAGUGCUGGCUUGUGUGAUCCCUUACUUCAGGGCCAUGUUUCUGUCAGAGAUGUCUGAGGCUAAGCAGGAACUGAUAGAGAUCAAGGACUUUGAUGGUGAUGCCAUCCAGGACCUGGUGCAUUUUGCCUACUCCUCCAAGCUCACAUUAACUGUGGACAAUGUCCAGCCACUACUUUAUGCUGCCUGCAUCCUUCAGGUGGAGUUGGUGGCGAGAGCCUGCUGUGAGUACAUGAAGGCCCACUUUCACCCCACCAACUGCCUGGCAGUUCGUACAUUCGCUGAGAGCCACAACCGUGUGGACCUGAUGGACAUGGCUGACCGCUAUGCCUGUGAACACUUCACUGAGGUAGUGGAGUGUGAGGACUUUACAUGCGUGUCUCCCCAGCACUUACGCACAUUAUUGUCCUCCAGCGAGCUCAAUAUCCAUUCAGAGACAGAAGUGUACAAUGCAGCAGUGAAAUGGUUGAAAGCAAACCCACAGCACCACGAGGCCUGGCUGGACCAGAUCAUGUCUCAGGUGCGCCUCCCCCUGCUCCCUGUAGAGUUCCUGAGUGGAACAGUGUCUAAGGACGAGAUGAUUAAAGGUAACCUGAGUUGUCGCGACCUGAUGGACGAAGCCAGGAACUACCACCUGCACCUCAGCAACAAGGUGGUGCUGGACUUUGAAUAUUCAGUCCGUACCAUACCCCGGAAACACACUGCAGGGGUUUUGUUCUGUGUGGGUGGCCGAGGGGGUUCUGGUGACCCAUUUCGCAGCAUCGAGUGCUACUCCAUCACUAAGAACAGCUGGUUCUUUGGUCCUGAAAUGAACAGCAGACGGCGUCACGUGGGUGUAAUAUCUGUAGAAGGCAAGGUUUAUGCUGUCGGGGGCCAUGAUGGUAAUGAACACUUAGGCAACAUGGAGAUGUUUGACCCCCUCACCAACAAGUGGAUGAUGAAAGCCUCCAUGAACACCAAGAGGAGGGGCAUAGCCCUGGCGGCUCUCGGUGGUCCUAUCUACGCUAUUGGAGGUCUGGAUGACAACUCCUGCUUUAACGAUGUGGAGCGUUAUGACAUCGAAAGUGACUGCUGGAGCGCUGUGGCGCCGAUGAACACACCCAGAGGAGGAGUGGGAUCUGUGGCUUUGGGGAGUUUUGUGUACGCGGUGGGAGGCAACGAUGGCGUGGCAUCACUGUCCAGUGUGGAGCGGUUUAACCCACACCUCAACAAGUGGACGGAGGUCAGCGAGAUGGGCCAACGACGGGCUGGAAAUGGAGUCAGCAAACUCAACGGCUGCCUCUAUGUAGUGGGUGGUUUUGAUGACAAUUCACCCCUGAGCUCUGUAGAGCGCUUUGACCCACGAAUGCAUCGCUGGGAGUACGUGUCUGAGCUGACCACCCCACGUGGGGGAGUCGGUGUAGCCACUGUGAUGGGAAGAGUGUUCGCAGUCGGCGGUCACAAUGGGAACAUCUACCUGAACACAGUGGAGGCUUUUGAGCCGCGAAUGAACAGAUGGGAGCUGGUGGGUUCAGUGUCUCACUGCCGUGCCGGAGCUGGAGUGGCUGUCUGUUCGUCUCACGUCAGCCAGAUCAGGGACGUCGGCCAGGGCUCCAGCAACGUGGCCAACUGCAUGUGACCGCCGCUCCACUUAUUACCUGACUGACUGCCGGGUCAGCAUCCGUUCUGAUCACUGCACAACACAAAGCACACAGACAGUGACGGAGGGAUUUUCGCCCAGCAUCAUUACUGUCGCCACUGUCAGUUUUCAGCUGAUGUUCAGUUUGCACACAGUGAUUGAGGGAUAGGGAGGAUUCGCUGACUUGAAGUGCACAUCUGACAAACCUGUCAAAAUGACACAUUCAAGACCUAGACUCCUGUUGGUGUUAUUCGCAAUCAGUGAUGUAGUAUUUUGUACUGUAUUUUCUUUUGUUUGACUGCCUUGACAUUGUUUUGACUUUUUUUUUUUUUUAAGGGAACAUAGUAGCUGAGCCUCUUGGUAUUUAAUACUAACAUCUCAAGAAUGAGUGGUGAGUUUGGAUUCAGAACUACUAGCUUAACUGCACAUUAUGAAUGUGGACCGUAUAGUAGGCCAGUAUAAAUGCAUUUUAAAGGUCUUUUCUUUAAGACUUUAAGUCUGUCUCUAGUUUACUUGUUGGCUCUGCAGUUGUGACAAAUCAGUAAUUUGCAAGAAAUCAAACUGGAUUUAACACCUUUUUGCAGUGCAGCGUGUGUAGUUACAGCAUUAACAAUUUCAUUAACAUUUUCAUCAGUCGAUCUGAAAUACGAUGUUAAGAUGUCAAAUACAUUUCCAAGAUUCCUGUGAUCUUAUGCCAGGUUUAAGUGAAAGCGUCAGUCUUUUGUAAAGGUGCAUUUCAGAAUGAUUCUAUCAGCAGUUCCCACUGCAGUAAGCUGGAUCAUCUUCCAGUGGUUGUAGCCUGGAUCUGCCUCUAAUUGUGUUUGAACAAUCAUUUAAGGCUGAUUGGCACAAAUCAGUCAUUGGGUAGGAGGUGACGGGGCCGAAGACUUUAACUGCUGCAAGUGCCAAACGCAAAAAGUCCGUCAGCCGUUCUGGGAAGCUGUAGAUGCAAAUCUGGUUCAACGCCUGCUGAAUCCUGAGUCGCCACCUUUACCUCAACCUCAGAAUAGAGAAAGGUUUGCUGACUAUAUUCCUGAGAGUCGAGGACUGAUCAGAGCAAUGUGCUGCACCUCCCCAAUUAUAAGCAGUUUUACAUUAUUGUAUAGAGAUCUAUUCCAACUGACAGGGACAGAAAUUCAAAUUCAAGAUUUGUGUUUGACGAUAGCUGGACUGUCAGAAAUCCUAAUCGGAGUGCUUUCAUAUGUGUAUGAGGUGCAGCUGAGGUUUGUCUCUGCAGAUGGUUGCAUUAUAUUUUAAUAUAUGGACAUUCUGUAUAAUAAAAUGGCUGUAUCUUUGGUAUUAUCCUUUACUACACUAUCUAAUUGCUGUGCACUAUUUUCCUAGAAUAGAUGUGAAGUCGGCGUAUAUUUUUGUCCUAAAUGGAGAAUUUCAUGUUACAAGUUUGAAGAUGUUUAUUUAAGACUCGUGUCUAUUUCUGCCAUAUCUACAGAAAAUGUUAUACUUUCUAGCAACAGUUUAGUUUUUUUCAGAAUAGGCACAUGACAGAGUUAAAACAGAAAUGUUUAGUCCAUUCAUAAUGUAAAUAUACAUAUUGCACAGUUGGUGUCCUGCCGGUAUAAAUAUUAGUGCAUAUUAUCAACCUGGUACAUCAUUUUGAUAAGUAAAACUUGCUGCCAACCUUGUUAGAAACUUCUUUUGAAAGUAUUUUGAAAUGUUUACUGGACUUUGUGUUGUUCUUUCUCCUCCUGACGGCUUCCAUCUUGUGUUUUUUAUUUUAUUUACAUGGUAUUGGAAUACAUUGGUACAAUAAAGUUAUGUCUAAAGUUUA